CGCAGGAAGCUCAGUCGACUGAUCGUUGAUCAGACAGCGACGCGUGCGCAGCAUACUGUGCGGCUACCGACCGUUCUGCGGAACUAAAUUAAUUAAUUUCCUGACAUAAAUAUGGCAUCCAAAAUGAGUUUAACUCUGGACGUUGAGGCCGAGGCCUUAACAGCCAAAAUAAUAACAAUGGUGUGCCUUUUCGGGAUUUCUAUGGUGACGGGCUGUUUGCCAAUGGUAAUAUCCUUAAAAUACGACUGGUUCAAGACGAGUGACUCCAACUUGCGUUCCUCCAAUCAGCUGGUAAUGGGAUUACUCGCGUUCGGAGGGGGAAUACUGUUCGCGACCACCUUCAUGCACCUGCUGCCCGAAGUUGAUGAGAAUAUUGAAGCUUUACAAGAGGCCGGCGAUCUCGCAGACUUCCCGCUAUUCCUGGCUGGGCUCAUAAUGUGCGGAGGUUUCUUCAUGAUCUACUUAAUUGAAGAGCUGGUGCACCUGUACAUCAACAGCCGACAGAACAAGAAGAAGGAUAACACCUUCGCCAAGCCUUUCCGCAUGAGGAAGAGUUCUUUGGCAGGAGGAUCGGUUGAAGCAGCAGUUGAGCCGAGCGAAGAGAAGGAAUUAGAGAAUGAUGGGAAGCAAGCAGGUCACAGCCACCUGGUGAUGAACGAUGAAGAUUCAGUUGCGUCAGCUCUGAGAGGGUUGCUUAUAGUGUUGGCGCUCUCCGUUCAUGAACUUUUUGAGGGACUCGCUGUUGGUUUGGAGUCUUCAGUAGGAAAUGUAUGGUACAUGUUCGGAGCAGUAUCAGCGCAUAAGUACAUAAUCUCAUUCUGUAUCGGCGUGGAGCUGCUGGCGUCAGGCACCAAGAGAUGGGUGUCUCUGGUCUACAUCUUCACGUUCUCCUUUAUGUCAGCUCUUGGCAUUGGAAUUGGUAUCCUGCUGGUGGGAGGAGCCGGGGCUGUUGAUGCCGGCGUUUACUCUGUGGUUUUACAGGGUCUGGCGUGUGGUACCCUGGUAUACGUGGUGUUCUUCGAAGUCUGGAAGGGCAGCAGCGGCCUUCUGCAGUUCUCGUGCGCACUGCUCGGCUUCACAGUCAUGGUCAUCCUCGAGCUCAUUGUGGAACUUGCGGCGUGAAGAUGUUACCACAAUUACGGGAACGACAUGGCAUCACGGAAUUUCGCCGAUAAAUAAUAAUUAUUAUGUCUUCUACCAAAUUGUCACGUGUAACUUAUAAGCUGAAUAUAUUGUGCAGGAUGACUCACAUUUAGUCUAGACUAAAUGUUUUCAGUCUUUCACGCUUAUCUCACAGCCGUAGCUAACGUCUAGGACAAACUUAAAUAGAGGAAAAUGUGUCAGCUUCAAAAUAAUUAUUGUCAUCAAUGCCAUAGUUUGUUAUUGAAAAUAGUUAUCUGUAACUAGUUGUUCGGAAAACGACGAGAAUUCAGUGGUUUUGAGUGUAAGCAACAUACGUAUAUUAUACGUGAUAGUUUUGUGUGAGGAAGUGAUACCUAGUCAAUUAAAAGUAUUUAACGAUCAGUCAGCCAGACUGAGAUUUGUUAAUUGAUUAUUAUACAGUCCAGUUAGUUCCUUGGUUAAUGUUUUGUAAGUAUUGUAUAUAAAUGUUUUAUAAUAAAAUUUUACGAAAAUA